AUGAGACACCUCUUCAUCACCUUCAUGCUGUACUUCGUGAUCGUUGGCAGCAGCCUCUUUAUGGCGGAAAGGCAAAUGAAGAAGCUGGCGGCUGACGCGGCCUGGUUCAAGAGAGCAAUGAAGACCAGGCGCACCGUUGACGGCCAGGCGAUCAGCUUCGACCACCACUUCGAGGACUGGACCGUGGAGUAUCUCACCAUGCGCUGCUGGGAUCUGCCUUUGAGCCGUAUCAAUCCGAAAAAAGUUGUCCAAGGCUCCAAGGUCUAG